AUGCCUCCCCGCGCCCACUCCAAGACCUCUCGUGUCCCCCGCCGACCCUUCGAGUCUGCCCGACUUGACUCCGAGUUGAAGCUCGUUGGCGAGUAUGGCCUGCGCAACAAGCGUGAGGUCUGGCGAGUCGGUCUGACUCUGUCCAAGAUCCGUCGUGCUGCCCGUCAGCUUCUUACCCUCGACGAGAAGGACCCCAAGCGUCUCUUCGAAGGCAAUGCCCUCAUUCGACGUCUCGUCCGUGUCGGUGUCCUUGACGAGUCCCGCAUGAAGCUCGAUUACGUCCUGGCUCUUAAGAUCGAGGAUUUCCUUGAGCGCCGUCUCCAGACCUGUGUCUGGAAGCUCGGUCUUGCCAAGUCUAUCCACCACGCCCGUGUUCUGAUCCGCCAGCGUCACAUCCGAGUCGGAAAGCAGAUCGUCAACGUUCCCUCUUUCAUCGUCCGUCUCGACUCCCAGAAGCACAUCGACUUCGCUCUGACCUCGCCCUUCGGCGGUGGCCGUCCCGGCCGUGUCCGCAGAAAGAAGGCCGCCGCUGCUGCUGGCGGUGAGGGUGGUGAGGACGAGGAGGACGAGGAGUAA